AUGUCCUUCACCAUCUUCUGGUAUGCCACGGUGAAUUCAUCCUCCGAGUGCAAGACCAACGCAACUACGCCCUCCAGCUUCAGCUUUUGCUUCCCUGGAGACGAGUUCCACUGGGCCGAUGAGUUGGACUGUGGUGUGGUAUUGCUCGUGGGAGACGGUGUUGCAUUAUCCGCUGCCAAACGACCAAACGUAUUAGCAGAUGUAGCUUCCUUGCCACCGAUUCCACUGUCAAUAUUUGUGUCACUUUUGACCUUUGGUGAACUUUUAAUCAGCAUGUCAUCAAGGGUCAUUUGGCCUGGUAUGCUGUUCCGUCUAGGCGCCUGGGUGUUUGCUCCAUCAUUUUGGCGUACAACUCCAUUAAAUACAGACGAAAUGGUGGAUGUGUUUGGUGUGGCAUUCCCCUUAACCUUGGGUAAGGCGUUGGAACUGUUUUUAGGCGACCGCCUUGCCACUGGUAACUGCUGUCUUCUCGCCGCUACUGCUGCUUCUAAAACACGUUGA